AUGAUCUCGCGUCGCCUUCCGCCAAAGUAUGUCCUUGCGAGCAUACUGUGCUCCUUUGGCGGGGUUCUCUUUGGAAUGGACACCGGUGUCAUUGGCCCCGUAACAAUCAUGCACAGCUACAUUGCAAGUUUCGGUUUCGUAUCAUCUACCGUUCAUGGUCUAAUUGUCUCUUCUAUCCUCAUCCCGGCCGCCAUCUCGUCAUUCUUUGCGGGAAAAGUUGCAGAUAUCCUUGGUCGACCCAAGGGCAUCAGUUUAGGAGCCUUUAUAUUCGGACUUGGAGCUGCUCUUGAGGCUGGUGCUGCUCAUCUUUCCAUGUUUAUUGUUGGAAGGUGUAUUGAGGGCAUUGGCGAGGGAUUGUAUCUGGGUACAUUGGUUGUGUAUAUAUGUGAAAUAUCACCACCUAGCAAAAGAGGACCACUUACAUCCACUCCCCAACUACUAAUCACCCUCGGUCUUUGCGUGGGCUUCUUCGUGUGCUAUGGUUCUGCUACUGUCAACUCAUCCCUGUCAUGGAGACUACCAUUUGCCAUUCUAUCUGCUUUGGCAUUAUCAUUUUCUUUAGCUUCGUUAUGGCUUCCACCCUCUCCACGUUGGCUUUCGCUUCGAGGUCGUACGGCAGAAGCUAUCGCCACCUGGGACAUUUUGGGGGUCAGUCACGCAGAACGUGAAAAGAUUGAGAUCGCAGAAGGAAUUCUUGAAAUUGCGAAUCCGGAAGAAGCGUCACACCCUCAGACUUCGCAGGGUACCAAUCUGGAAGAAAGAAGGAAGAAUAGUAUCUGGGAAUUGUUCUCUCACGAUGUACGUGCUCGCACAUUGCUUGCAGCCUUUAUGAUGGGAAUGCAGCAACUCAGUGGUAUUGAUGGUGUUCUUUACUACGCACCCCUCCUCUUCCAACAAGCCGGCCUCACAUCCUCCGAAGCCUCCCUACUAGCCUCCGGAGUCUCCGCCGUGGCCAUCUUCAGCGUCACCAUCCCCGCUCUGAUCUGGGCCGAUGGCUGGGGACGCCGCCACAGCACGAUCUACGGCGGCAUCGGUCUCGGUAUCAUCAUGUUUCUGAUUGGCAGUCUAUACGCCAGCAACACCGUACACGGCACUUACGGCGCCGGAAGAUGGUUAGUAAUCGUCUCAAUCUACCUCUUCGCAAUGCUCUACUCCCUCUCCUGGGGCGUAGGCAUAAAAAUCUACGCCGCCGAAAUCCAACCCCAACGCACACGUGCCGCGGCCACCAGUUUGGCGCACGGAAGUAACUGGAUCGCGAAUUUUUUGGUUGCAUUGACUACGCCGAUGUUGUUGGCAAGUAGUACUUUUGGGGCUUAUUUCUUGUUUGGUGGAUGCUCAGUUUUGACCGCGGUGGUUUGUGCGGUUUUUAUGCCGGAGACGAGGGGACGGUCGUUGGAGGAGAUUGAGGAGGCGUUUAAGAGGACAUCUGCGUCGAAACGGUUGGCGAGAGCUGUGCAGAAGUUUUCUGGACGGGCUGAGGUCUGAAACUGCACUCUUGUAGAAAUCAACGGAUAAAGCUACUACUG